UGGUAUAAAACAUUGGUAUAAAACGGUAAAUUGUUGUUCGUGAGAGGGCUUUUACUUUGAAAGGAAAAAAGCGGAAAUGUCCUUUUCAUUCCGACUGGUUCACUUCCUUGUUUCCCCACGUGUAUGGUUCCGCGUCGAGGUGGAGUUUUACACAUGUCGGAAAGAUGAGUCAAAUAGAAGAACUAAAAGUGUUUGUGUCCGAGCGGCUUCAUGCUGCUGCGUCUGAAAUAUUAGGUGCUUUUGUAAAAACAAUAACGGAUUACGAGGAGCAGGCUGCCCGUUUGAAGGAAGAAAAUGACCGCCACCGUUCUCUGCUGGACAUUAUCCUCAAAGCCAAGUUACCUAAAAAACAAGGAGGUCGCUCCCCCAAAAGUACUCCUGCUGCUGCAGGCCCAGGUGCAUCAGAUUCAAGUCCUGCCCCCAAAGGCAAAGAAACCCCCAACUAUUCCAGUGGCUUGCAGUGCGUCUUCACCUCACGCACCGACUUACUGAAGCUUGCAGGCGAUGACAACUGUCCUUACUGCUUGAAGAGUAUUCAAGCCACUGAGACACAUUUGAUGAGAAAACAUUAUCCCAAUGCGGUCCACUUCACUGAGAAUGGCACUGAAAAAUUUGUUAUACCCUGUACAUGCAGAGAUUUGAUCCAGGGCAGAAGUCACUGGCACUGCCCAUUCUGCGCAAAGAUCAUUUAUCGGAAAUGUAACUUUGAGGCGCACAUAUCUAAACAACAUGGUUACGCAAUACUGCAGCAAAGCCCAGAUGCAGUGAUGGAUCAGCCCCCCGUCUCUGCCUUUGAGGGGGUUCCCCUGAGUCUUGAACCUUGGAGUCAGCAGCAGGACAAACAGGCCUCACGGCUGCUUCAAGUUAAAGAAGAAGAAGAAGUGAGUCAUCCUGAGUGGCAGAACUCGGUGCAACUGCAGAUCAAAGACGAGCAAAUACAAAAAGGUGACAGUCAAAUGAGUGUGGAGGCAGAUCAAGCCAAAGACCCUGCGUUUGACAUCGUCAUUGCGGACAGUUAUAUACAAGAUCUCGGCGAAAGCAACAGUGUGGAAUGCAGCAAAGGACAUCCUCUUCCUAAUUCUUCAACUCCGCUGGAAACGCAGCCUGACAGUGGGGAUGGUGGAUUAUUGCAGCCAGCUGGGGAAUCUCAGCACACCACACCUUGUUCUAGUGUAAAGGCUCUCAACACCAAGAGGAAAGUGCAUUUGAAAAGGUCUUUACCCCCCUUGAGUUUGAAGAUAAACAAAUCAACAAAACUAUCUGUCAGUCGAAAACACACAGGUCCUCAUAGUUGUAAAGCAUGUGGAAAGACUUUCCAUUACAUGUACACACUAAGGACACAUGCACAAACACAUGCAGUGGAUAAAAUCCACAUUUGUGGAAUCUGUGGGAAACAUUUAGCGUCCAAAGAGGGUUUAGUCCAGCACCUUCAAAGCCACACAAAGAGAAACAAAUGUGGUAUAUGUGGGAAACACUUUUCUAAUAAUUCCCGUCUGAAACGGCAUAGCAAAUUUCACAGACCAAAGGGUCUAAAUGUGAUGUCAUCAGCAUAAAAACCACUAAUGGGUGAAUUCCAGCAGAUGUGAAAAAUGUGAAAAAAGAGCUGUGAUCAUUAUUAUCUACUAACUGGAAGAUACCAGUCCAGUAGGGUAAACAAUUCAGUCCAUUAGCUGGGCAGUAUGUUGAUGUUUAUUGUGUAUAUAAUUGUAUUCAUAUACAAUUUUGUAGACAUAACUUGAAUAAAAAAAAAUGUGAAGUUAGA